GAGAGAGAGUCAGCGGCGGAGGAGGAAUCGACCCGGUCACACGUUGGGCUGCGUGUUAUAUCACUCGCUUUUCUGGAAUACUUCAUUUCCCCCCCUCAGACGAUAUGAAACGUGGUGUUGUACGGUCGAGCAAAUUCCGUCACGUCUUUGGCCAGACGGCGAAAAAUGACGCAUGCUACGAUGAUAUCCGGGUUUCAAGGGUCACAUGGGACAGCUCCUUCUGUGCAGUCAAUCCCAAAUUUGUUGCCAUAAUCGUUGAGGCCAGUGGUGGUGGAGCCUUCCUCGUUCUCCCCCUACACAAGACGGGACGCAUUGACAAAUCCUACCCCUCAGUGUGUGGACACACAGGCCCCGUGUUGGACAUUGACUGGUGCCCCCAUGAUGAUCAUGUCAUUGCCAGCGGCUCUGAGGACUGCACAGUGAUGGUGUGGCAGAUUCCUGAGAAUGGCCUCGUCACUGCUAUGGCUGAGCCUGUGGUGGUGCUGGAGGGCCACUCCAAGCGUGUUGGCAUCAUCACAUGGCAUCCAACAGCACGCAAUGUCCUUCUUAGUGCAGGUUGCGACAACCAGGUCGUCAUCUGGAACGUGGGCACAGGUGAGGCCAUGAUCACCCUGGAGGACAUGCACCCUGAUGUCAUUUACAACGUGAGCUGGAACCGCACCGGUAACCUCAUCUGCACCUCCUGCAAGGACAAGGCCAUCCGUGUGAUUGACCCCCGCAAGGAGAAGAUUGUUGCUGAGAAGGAGAAGGCUCAUGAGGGCGCUCGACCCAUGAGGGCCAUUUUCCUGGCUGAUGGCAACAUCCUCACCACAGGUUUCAGUCGCAUGAGUGAGAGACAGCUAUCCCUGUGGAACAUGGACAACAUGGAGGAGCCCCUGACUGUUAAUGAAAUGGACUCCAGCAAUGGAGUGCUCUUGCCCUUUUAUGACCCAGACACCAACAUUGUUUACAUCUGUGGGAAGGGUGACAGCAGCAUCCGUUACUUUGAAAUCACAGAUGAGGCUCCAUAUGUCCACUUCCUUAGCACCUUCGUCACCAAGGAGCCCCAGAGGGGCAUGGGCUAUAUGCCCAAGAGGGGCCUUGAUGUCAAUAAGGUCGAAAUUGCAAGGUUCUAUAAACUGCAUGAAAGGAAGUGUGAGCCUAUCGUGAUGACUGUGCCUAGAAAGUCGGACCUGUUCCAGGACGACUUGUACCCUGACACAGCCGGACCAGACCCUGCCAUUGAGGCUGAGGAGUGGUUUGAGGGCAAGAAUGGAGAGCCCAUACUCAUCUCCCUCAAGAAUGUCUAUGUUCCGACCAAGAACCGUGAAUUCAAGGUGUUCAAAAAGAACAUUUUGGACAGCAAGGCGGCCAAGAACACAGAGAACUCGAGCCCUGCCAUCAGGUCUGCCUCCCCAACUCCAACAAUUAAGUCUGAAGCCAAGCUGGAGGAGAUCUUGAAAGAAAUAAAAUCCCUCAAAGAUCUGGUCAGCAGUCAGGAGAAGCGAAUCAUCAAACUUGAAGACCAAAUGUCCAAAAUUGCCAUUUAAUGACCCUCUUCCCGAACCCGCUACAAUUCAGGACGUUCCAUUGGCUGGGUGGUGGGCAGGACCGGUCACUGUUGAUCUCAGUUCGUCUGAGUCCUGCCCAGCAACGAUUCCUAGCAACAUUCCAGAUGAACUUUUCUUAGCCAGCCCCCAACCCUCAGUUUAACACAGGUGGAAUAAGAAGGAGGUGUGGCAAAUUUAACAGAAAAUACUUUUUGCUUUUUGGUGACAGAGGACUCCUUUUAUUCUGUGGCAGACAUUUUUUAUUAUCUUUUUUCUUAUAAAACAGUCGUACACAAUUCUUUUUAUUUUAGAGUAAUGACCAUGCAAUUCCAAAGUCAGCAGUUCCCAUUGGCGAUUGUAUACCCCAAUAUUUUUUUGAAGUAGGCAUCAGUGUUUUGUGUUGCCAUCCCCAAAAUAUAAUGUUGCCAAAUUUAACUUUUGUUUACACCUCCUUAACAGUAUUUCUUUAUCUUUCUUGUGGGAAUAUUCAAAAUGCAAACAGGGAAACUCAGUGCAGUAGACUGAUCGUACAAAGAGAAGAAAGUACUCAUUUAAUCUGACAUAGAAAUUGUUGGGAAAAGAAGAUUGACGAUGCAAAUAAAUUGAGAUUGAACACAUUUUUCUGCCACAGUCUACAUCAAGGACUAUAGAUAAAUCAGCAUUGCUGUCUGUGUUGGAGCUGCACAAAUCAAUACCUGCCUUCUGCUGUUUCUUUUUCAUUCCUGUCGCUUUUCAUCAUUCUGACUGUGGACACAAUAGUCCAUGUAAACAUGCAUUCCUCUCUAGCUUGCUUCAUUAACAUCCACUGUUUGCUUAUUGGAGAAAAAAAAAAAUACAUUCCACGAAAUCCGAUUGAUUGGCACUUGUUGAUGUGGGGAAGGAUCCUGCUAUAACAUUCCUCCUCCAGUCAACACUCUACUGUAGUGACUCAGUUACACUGGUUGGCUGGUCAUUGUGGUAUUUUAUGUGCUGCCCACAGACAAACCAGCUCUGUGCAUUUCAGCCUCUCUGCAGAAAAAGCGUCUGUCAGCUCGGGCUUUGUGUUUUUCUCAGAGGUUGAGUAGCCAACCUCCAUUCACGGGUUAGCUCAACACACAUAGUCAAGUGUAGUGGGAUUGUUUUGUGUCAAUGUUGCAUUAAACACCAUCUCAGAUCUGUAUCUUAAAAACAGGGAUUGAUGUGAAAUGACACCAAGUUAUCACACAUUGACUUGACUAUUGAAAACCAUCUGGUGAUAAAACUGGAGAUCGUUUCAGAAACUGUUCACAAUCGACCUUUGAGGCCAAGAUUGUGUGUGAAAAUGUGCCUGUGUCUUUGGCCAUUUUGGUUCCUGUCACUCAGGAUGUUCCUGCUUUGUUUCGUCUUAGUGGUGGUGGUGUUAUAAAAAUGGAUUUACAGUAGAUCAUCCAAGAUUUGUCUCAAACCUGGAUGAACAGAAUAGUUCACUGUUAAUUUGUAUCCUGUUUCUUGUUCCACUGUGCUUAUAUCCCUCUUAGCACUUCCACUCCAUGUUUAUUUUUUUUAAUGGUUAUUUCUCAGAUGCCCCCCAUCGAGUAUAGUUAUUCCGAAAAACCAUGAACCUUUGGAAUCGUUCAAGCUGUUCUGAGCUGUUUUGCUACGAUAAAAGCUCUAUUUUCUUGAUGUUGUAGAUUUGCUUCCCAGUGGGAAGCUGAGACGGGUAAAGGUUCAGUCUGUUGUUUGCCUUCACUAAUUGUUACCACUGUAAAGACCUGAAAGUGCCAUAAGGGUGACCAUGGAAGUGUUUGUAGGGGACUGUUGUGUGAGUAGAUUUGUGUAGGAAAUGGAGGAGUUGAGAGGUGCCCACAUUUUGAACCACUUUGAGGUGCUACAAGGCUCCUGCUCAUUUAAGUACUGUAUCUCAGCCACAUAGAUGACAUCAUCCCAAAAUACACCAGGUGGCGUUUUUUGAAACCGUCGACUUCAGUACAGGUAUUUAAAACAUCGUAGAAUGAUGUCAAACCGAUCGCGCAGCUUUUUUCGGUCAUCGUGGCUUCCAGAUGUAACGUGAGCAGCGAGUCCUGAAAUAUUAGUGACAGAGAAUCUACAGGAGCGCUGAUCUGACACAGAUUUUACUGCCCCAUCUUGAAUGUCAGACUGCCACUCUAUAGAUCCGUCACAGCACUGUCGGCACGAGAGUUUUGAGAAGGCGUAGUAGUGGAUUGUGACCCAAAGGGAAUCUGUAGGUUGGAGAAAUGUGCAGUUGAAAGAUAGAUGUAUGUUUGUAAUUAAGGUCUAGAAAAAUGAGUGGAAGCUGUGUAAAUAACAUGACCAUAUUUUCUGUAUUCUUUUUUUUUUUUUUGGUUUGUGGUUGUGCUCAAGAGGGUAUUUUUGAGGGAGGUGGGUUAUAAAUGUUUCCCCUUGUCUGUGUUCCCUGCACCUUGCCAUAACGCAUCAUAAGACAACUGAGCCUCUGUUGUACUGGAGGUCGUAUGAAUAUCGAGAAAGAAAACCAGACCAACACGAACCCGGAUGACGCCUCAUGUCGAGGUCUGCUCAACAUUUUUGUUCAUUAUUCUUGCUUCAAGUAUCAAACAUUGAUUAUAAGAAAAAAUAAUAAAGACUUUUUAAAAUGG